AUGGACCUGGGCAUAUACUUGACAUAUGCCACAUUCGUCUCAAUCCUGUCUUCCUGCAUCUUUCUCGUGUAUGAAGCAUACGAGCUUGUUGCGUACCUGCCUGCGACAAGGCCUACAUAUGAUACCCUUGCUAUCUGGAAUUCAUUGAGCCAAAAUCCAUUGACCAUUAGCUCACCUUUGCAGUUCGGUCAUGAGAAGAUCAAGCAGAGACGCAAAGGUCAUGGUGCUUACCAGAUCACUUCACUGCGCUUGCUUGAACUCCAUACACAGAUUCGUUCAGAGUAUGGCCACCACUUUCUGGCCAUUGCAGUUGCUGGGCAUUGUUUCUCUUCCUCUCAGUUGAAGCGGGCUCGCCUAGACGACGACGACGCCGAGUGCACUGCUUGUGCACGGGAGACCGAGACGCAGCGUCUCCUCCUACCCCUGAGCAGACACUACUCCUCGGGCACCCAAGACUUUGAGCACUUCAGUUCCCGCAUCUUCGAAAUGGCAAAGAAAAACUUGAAGAAUGAUCCGCCCUCGUUCCUUUCUUCAAUCCAAGUCUUACCACCCGACAUCCGGGGGGUUGAACAAACGCUAUAUUCCUGGAAUGUCAUAGGAGGCGCCCUGCAAACGAUACAUCUUAUUCUACACUGA